UACACCUUUAAUUUUCAGAGCAAGGUGUCGGCUGUCACAGCAAUUACAUUACAGAGCAUAUUGCUGGCAGUUACUUAUCGGUAUAUACGGUUGGAAAAUGAAAGUAAACAAUUCCUGCAACAAAUGCCACCCGAAGCGGGAGCAAGGUACAACAUCUACAACGUGAAUCUCACAGUCUGCUAGGAAGAUUAUUAACUGAAGACACUAUAAGAACAUAAAAUGCAGGCUAUCUGAUCAACAGUGCAAUCCUAUACAUGACUUAUUCCCAUAUACAUUUCUUUCACAUGUUGAACAUGGAGAGAUCUUAAACAGACAAGAAGACAUGAGAGUUGCACAGGUCUACAGUCUACUGUUUAAUUAAUUAACACUGUACAGUCCUGUUUUUCUGAUCUCCUGACCCAUGUGUUCCUCAUCAAUGGCUGUUUGCAUCUUGAUCUUUCUACAGGUCUCCCAUGUGCUAAUAAUAACAGCUCAGUUUGCAAUCAUUCCACCUCCAAAGCCUGUAAUUGGUUUCCUCGGAAAGGAAGUAAUCCUGCCAUGUCAGCUAAAACCAAGAAUAUCAGACGGCACCCGCAUCAGCAUCCAGUGGAUCUUCGUUAAUUCCUCAGAAACAAUUGAUGUGAAGUCUUAUGAUAAUCGAAAUGGGAUAGAAACACAGGAUAACAGAUAUUGGGGUCGAACAGAACUCUCUCAUACUGAGCUUAAUAAAGGGAACAUGUCUCUGCUUCUGAAGAACAGCCAGAUCUCAGACCAAGGAAAAUACAUUUGUAUGAUCCACCUUGGAGACUGGUUUGAUGAGAUGGUUGUUGAGUUGGUUUUGGCAGCAAAAGGAAUAGAGCCCACCAUUGCCUUGGUGAAUUAUAAUGGUCAGGGGAUUGAUCUUACCUGUAGCUCGAAAGGUUGGUAUCCAAAGCCCCAGGCUCUCUGGCUGGACAGUAAUGGCAAAAUCCGAAGGGAAGAGUCAGACACUACAAAUGCAGAGACCACAGCAGGGAACUUCAGUGUUUCCAGUUCCAUUACGAAAGAACCAGGAGUCGACAAUGAAGUCUCUUGCAAAAUCAUCAGCCCAAUGCUACAAAUGGAGAGUGAAUCCAGAAUCCUGAUCUCUGAUCCCUUUUAUCCUGCCACUCCACCUUGGCUAGCACCCUACGUAGUCAUUCUCCUCCUUUUCGUCUGUCUUGUUGCUGCUGUGACGUAUACACUGGGACAGAGUUAUUUGAAGGUAUCACAAUACGAAAAAAAGAAGACUGAAACAAAAAACGACCAAGAUCAUCUAAUCCAAGCAAUAGAAACUGAGAAACGCACAGGAAAAGCAAUGGUUGCUGAACAAAAGAAACGUUCUGAACAAGUCAGGAGGAAGCUGGAGGUCAGAAGAGCUCAGAGUCAUGCAGUUGCCAUCACUUUGGAUUCAGAUUAUAAACAUCCAGACGUCGUCAUCAGUAAGGAUAAAAAGAGUGCCAGCUUUAAAGCAGGAACUGUUGUGGGGGCUCAGAUUGUUGUGGGGAAAGAGGGUUAUACUGCUGGGAAGCACUACUGGGAGGUAAAGGUUGGAGACAGGUUGAACUGGGAGCUAGGGGUCCUGACUCAGACUGAAAGAAAUAAGAGGUCUGUUAAGCUUCUUAGGGAAGGAUGCUGGGCCCUGAGAAAUGUCAGAGGAGAGUUAUUUUCUAAUCGAGAUGAGAAAAAGAUUGAAAGGAAGAUGGAUGUGCCUUAUUCAGAAAUUGGCUUGUUACUGGAUCAAGAAGCAAAUGAUUGUAAAAUCUCAUUUUAUAAUGCCAGAGUCGAAUUCCUUAUAUUCUGUAUCCCCAUUGAAUCAACUGAGAAAUUACACCCAUUUUUAAGUUUUGACAAGACUUCAUAAGACAAGGAUUAGAUUCCCAACCCCCUUUAAGAAUUUUCAACAGAAAAAAGUGUUUGCCAGGAAGAAAAGUUGACAUGAAACUGUCAGGCUUCAUAAAAAGGAUAAAAUAAUGGAGAUAGCACUGGACAUACCAGCAAAGCUUAACUGUUGUGGAUAGUUUGGUUUGUUUUCCCUAUUUUUAAAUGCUUCCUAUGGAUACACAUUUAUUUACGGCAUGAAUUCAAUCCCCAUAGGAAUCCAAUGCUGCCCCUCAGUCAGAGCUUCCCUGGCAAAUGGUAGCACCAGAGGAUAGACUGUGCCAUUAUUGUAUAUUUUCUUUCAUUGUUGUGCAUGAACAUCUAGCCGUCAUAUUUGUAUUA